UGAUGACGCGUAGAAAGAGAGAGGGUAUGGUGGCCUUUCAGUUAACCGCUUUUUGUAAACUUCAAUAUACUUCACAAGUUCAGCAACACAAGUGUCAAAGGAAACGAUGGUUCAAAAGACGCCUAACCUUUGGAAGAGUUCGACCACUUCAACUAUACAGUUGUACUAACCUACAAGAGACCAGUCAAGAGCUACAAUCAGGAGGAGAUAGGAGUUAUCCCGUGCCUAGAGAAUAUUUUGAUAGAGUUACAAACCACCACAUUAAUAAUAUAGAGCAGUAUAUGCUGCUCUAUAAUCAUUCUAUUCUUCAACCGGACGAAUUCUGGUCUGAUAAGGCAAAGCAGGUUUUAUCAUGGAAACAGCUAUGGGACGAUCAGAUAUGCAGCUUCAACUUUGAUGUAGAAAAAGGUCCUAUAUUUUGUGAAUGGUUCAAAGGUGGAAAACUGAAUGCUUGCUAUAAUUGUAUCGAUAGACACGUCGAAGCAGGCCAUGGUGACCAAGUAGCGUAUUAUGCUGAAGGUAAUGAAGAGUCAGCAGAUAUUCGUGGCUACACCUACCGAGAGUUACUGGAUUAUAUUGAACGCCUGGCUUCUGUCCUCAAGGCUAGAGGUGUUCAUAAAGGUGAUGUGGUGGCUAUCUAUAUGCCCAAUAUUCCAGAACUUGUUAUUGCAAUGCUUGCUUGUGCACGAAUAGGUGCCAUCCAUAGCGUUGUUUUUGGAGGUUUCUCAGCAGAGUCUUUAGCAAAUAGACUACUAGAUGCGAAGAGUCGCGUCGUUAUUACUUGUGAUGGCUACAAACGUGGAGAGAAAAUCGUUCCACUUAAAACUGUGGCAGAUGCAGCAGCAGAAUUGGCAAGAGAAACAUUGGGUUACAAUCUCGUAGAGCAUAAAAUCAUUUAUCAAAGGCUGAACUCAAAGGAACACACGGCUACUAUGGAUGGUCAUGUAGAUGAAUGGUGGCAUGAAGCACUUUCAAAGGCAGAAAAGCACUGUGCCAUAGAAUGGAUGGAUGCAGAAGAUCCACUGUUUGUGUUGUACACAUCUGGUUCAACUGGUCGACCAAAAGGUAUUGUCCACACAACAGGAGGUUAUUUACUGUACGCAGCAUUGACUCAUCGUUAUGCCUUCAAUUAUCAUCCUGGUGACGUUUAUUUUUGCACUGCAGAUUGUGGUUGGAUUACAGGACACAGUUAUGUCGUCUAUGGUCCACUAGUCAAUCGUGCAACACAAGUUAUCUUUGAAGGUGUUCCUACAUACCCUAGUGCAGAUCGUCUAUGGAAAAUUUCAGCCAAAUACAAAGUAAAACAACUUUACACAGCUCCAACCCUUAUCCGGUCACUUAUGAGAUUCGGGGAAAAGUAUGUCAAGAAUAGCCAAAGAGAUUCCUUGACGUUACUUGCAACUGUUGGAGAACCAAUCAACCCAGAAGCAUGGAAGUGGUUUUCGCGUGAGGUCGGUGAAAACCUCUGUCCCAUAGUAGAUACUUGGUGGCAGACAGAGACCGGUGGACAUAUGAUACUUCCUCCUCCCGUUCAAGGUUUCUAUCAGAAACCAGGGAGUGCAUCAAUUCCAUUUUUUGGUAUUGUGCCUGUUGUUGUCAAUGAGAAAGGGGAGGAAUUGUUUGGAGAAUGUGAAGGGUAUCUUUGCAUCAAGAAGCCUUGGCCUGGCAUGUUUCGUACUGUAUUAGGUGAUCAUUCCCGCAUGGAGUCGACGUACUUUAAACCUUUUCGAGGAUAUUAUAUGUCUGGAGAUGGCUGUAGACGAGAUAAGGAUGGCUAUUACUGGCUCACAGGAAGAGUAGAUGACGUCAUCAAUGUUAGUGGACAUCGCAUUGGAACAGCUGAAGUUGAAUCCGCUUUGAUAGCACAUGGAAGCGUGGCAGAAGCAGCGGUUGUUCCAGCUCCACACGAUAUCAAAGGCCAAGGCAUUUAUGCAUAUGUAACAUUGCGAGAAGGUGAGGAACCAACGGAAGAACUGCGUAAAGCCCUCAAACAUGCUGUUCGUGAGCACAUAGGUGCUAUUUGCACUCCCGAUGUUAUUCAUUGGGCUCCUGCGUUACCAAAGACAAGAAGCGGUAAAAUUAUGAGAAGAAUUCUACGAAAGAUUGCAGAAUUAGGGACAAACGUGACUCCAAAUGACUUGGGUGACACAUCCACGCUUUCUGAUCCUCAAGUAGUGGACAUGCUAGUUUCAUUGUAUGGAAAGUAAUUACAGAUAACAUCACCAGUUUGAAUAAAGUAUCAUAUAUAGGCUAUACAAGGUUAUUGUUCACAUUAUACAUGUUAUGU